AUGUUUUCUUCUUCGCUCGCAGUAUGGUCCGCCAUCGCCGCUGCCCUGCUCGCCCUCCAGGCCCUCCUCCUCGCUGCCGUCCCCCGUCUCCUCCUCUUCCUCUCCGCCUCUGACGCCCACGCCCUCACACCCCUCGAACGCUUCUUGGCUCAUCACUUUGCCAUAUUCCUAGCAGAAACCGAACAGGGUCCUCAUUUGGUUUUGCAGAUCCCGUCGCCACCAUCUCCAGUUCCCCCAUCUGCUGAAACUGCAUCCACUCACCCGCUGUUGUAUCCUCUCGCUAUCGGUUCCACAUUGUCGGCGUUUAUUGCCUGGAACAGCGAUGACGUCGGCACCCUCGCCUCUAUCUUCUUUUUCUUUUCCUUGACAAUUAGUCUCUGGGGAUUAUGGGAGAUCAUCUUCGCCAACUCUGCAUCCUUUUCCAAAACGACUGGUGCCGACAAGCACACUUCGUCUUUCAUUUUUGGUAACAAGGCCGCUGCUUCAUCCGUGAAAAAGAAUAUGAAAACAAAAUAG